AUGAUCGAAACCUCUUCCGCUCAAUGUGGAGAAUCCGCUGGAGUCUACUACAUGCCACAUUCUGGAGUGUGGAAAUCCAACAAGGCAGUGCAUCUGAGAUUGUGCCGUGGUGUCUUUUCCACUCCAUUUCCUUGCCAGUAUCUUGGAACUCUCUGUGUUACAGCCAAAAUUAUCAUGAGCCUCCUACAAAGACAACAUAGCACUAGCGGGCCCCACGCCCGCCGACGUUUUCGAAGAGUUAGCAUUCGGUGUAACAGCGCCACACCCAACUCUCACUCUGCACUUAACAAACAUAUUGAACGCCAAUAUACAGAACUAGCGGAAAGAAAUCUCGCAAAUCUUUUAGUACAUAUCCAACUCUACCGAGGUAAACAGUUCCAUACCAGCGGAAGACAAACUCGAAUUCGGUCUCACCAAAUUGCUGGGUGUUCCGCUAUAAUACCGAGAUGGACUCAUUCAAUUUAUCUACUCGGUUUCCUCCAAUGCGUACGAUUAACGAAAAAAGACAUCGUAAGCCAAAUAAACUCCGUAUACGAUCCAAUAGAUCUAGGCUGGACCAUUACUAGUUCGGCUCAAAUCAAUGAUGCGAGAAAUAUUCGAACUAAAAUCCGACUGGAAAACAAUCCUUGCUCCACAUAUUUGCGAGAGAUGGAAUCAAUUAACCUCAGAGCAAUCGCUGCCUGCGCUUACUUACAAGGUCAAACAACAAACCUCGUGUCACCAUUAAUUUGCGGAAAGACUAAACUGACUCCAAAAAAGACACGCCAAACCAUACCUAGGUUAGAACUCGUCGGAAUUCUUAUGGCUAAGUAA